AUGACUCUUUCUUCUGAAAUUAGCGAAAUAUUUGGUAUACCUUUAACUCAUGUGAAAAAGCGCUCGAGUGAAGAAGCGUUAUGCUUGAUUCAUGUCAGUUGGUUUAAAUACAUACGAAAAGGCCUGAAAGUUCCUUUUGAUGUCAUAAAUAAAAAUACUGUUGAUGAGAACUUAUUAAAUUUUUCCUUUACCUCCAAUGAUGCUGAUCAAGACUUGGUUUGGAAGUUCAUUAGUGUGUAUUCUUGGAAAAAGAAGGAAGGAAAAGUUCAUAGGUUUACUAAGGCUCAUGAAAAAUCACUUCCUGUUGUUCAUCUGACCUAUGCUCAACUUAUUCAUUAUGUUACUAAGACAAACUACAAAAAUUUAUGGGAGCAGGCAUGGAGAAAAUAUCAUUGUACAGAUGGAACAAAGAAAAACAAGCAUAAACAGAGUUACAAUGAUUCACUGAGAGAAGUAUUGAAGCGUCUUUUCAAAAUUCAAAAGACUGAAAGAGAAGAUGGCAUUAUUGUAUUCUUAAAACCUAUCAUUUCAGAUUCUAUUCAUCCUAAUCUUCUUCAAGUUCUCUGUGCUGUUGAAAGUCCUUCUUCUUUUUUGCUACUUAGUGAAAAAUGCUAUGGUACAUUGAAAGAUUGUUUAAUGUUUAGCCCUUGUGUUUUGAAUGGAUCCACAAUCAGACCAUUAUUUGUAGUAUACCAAAUACUUCAAGUAUUGAGAAAUAUUCAUGAUUCAGGUUUGUUUAUGGGGUCAGUUACUUUAUCUGAACUAAAAAUUGAUAAAAAUUUAUGGAUGCAGAUGAAUCCUCUGACUUGGACAGCUCUUGUAAAUGAAUCAUGGAGCUGCAAUGAGACAAAAUCACAUCAUAAAAUAUCCCCUCACGCUACAAGGAUAGAUCCAGAUGAUAUUCAAGAGGAUUCUGUCUUUCCAUCAUCUCAGCGUGGUCAUCAGUUUAAAAAGCCUGAAAAUACAGAUGGUGAUUUGAUCCUGGUAUCUUUAGUGCAAGGAUGGGUGGAAGGGUGUAUAAGCAACUAUGAUUAUCUUAUAGCUUUAAAUAAACUUGCUGGUAGAGAAAAAGAUAAUCCUCACUGUCAUUAUGUGAUGCCAUGGAUUAUGGAUUUUUCUGCACCUGAAGGAGGAUGGAGAGAUUUAUCAAAAUCGAAGUUUAGGUUAAACAAAGGUGACAAACAAUUGGAUCUAAUAUAUGAAUCAGCAUCAGAAGCCAUUUCCACAAAUUCUGCUCAAAGUUCUGUCAAUUUAUCCCAAGACACUGCAAUUACUGUUCCACAUCACACUUCCGAGGUCUUGGCUGACAUCACAUAUUAUGUGUAUAAAGCUCGAAGAAUGCCAAAAUCGUUUUUGUGUCAACAUGUUCGUCAAAAAUGGGUACCAGCAGAGUACCCUUCGACAAUGGAAAGACUUCAGGAAUGGACACCUGAUGAAUGCAUACCUGAAUUUUUUUCUGAUCCCAUUAUAUUUGAAUCAAUCCAUCCAGAUUUAUGUGACCUUGGUAUUCCAUGGUGGUGCGAUAAUCCAAAAGAUUUUGUUAAAAAACAUAGAGAUGCACUCGAAGGUUUUCAUGUGUCAGAAAGACUUCAUCACUGGAUUGACUUAGUCUUUGGAUAUAAACUUACAGGUACAUCAGCAGUAAAAGCUAAAAAUGUCUGCCUACCUUUAGUGGAUAAUCAUACAUCAAUUCGUAAUUAUGGAAUGACUCAAUUGUUCUAUCAUCCUCAUCCUCACAAGCUGAGCAAAUCAUUAUUUUCUCGAAGUGUGGCACCAAAGACCUUUCGAAGCAUAAUGUGGAAGGUAUUGUUGAUAUUCCUUUUGUUCCCAACUUUAAAUGUUACUCAAAAAUAUUAAAAUACAUUCAUGUCACAAGCUCAAGAUGCAAAAGACAGUGGUGAUGAUGAUACGUCAUCCGAAAGCCUUGGUAGAGUUUCAAAUUAUGCAUCCAUUUUCAGGUCCAAACCAUUGACGUCAUCUGAGUUGUCUCGACCAGAGUCACGGCCAGAGAACCAAACCAUAGUGUUGCCGAAGGACUUUAAUCCUCUUUCAUCUUUGUCACAUUUUGAGUCCCUGUUCACAUUUUUAGCAUGGACAGGUGAUGGAAAGUUUGAGGACAAGCAUUGUAAUGCAUCAAAGGUGAAUGAUAUCCUGACUUAUCACUACCAAAUUAAGGAUUUAAUAGUUCUUGGAUGCCUUAUAAGUGAAAUUGCUGCUUCUUCAUACUGCAAAACCUUGCCUUUGCAUGUGCCGCUCACAGAUCGAUACAGCAAUGUUCUACAGAUUUUGAAAAUGCACAAACAUGAAAUACCAAGGUCAUUACAGAAAGUUAUACAACUUUUACUUCAAGUCUCAACAUCUUACCAUCCACAACAUUUCGAAUUAAAUAAUUUACCCUCUCGUUUUCCUCCAGUAUCAUCUUCUGGUCUUCCACUUCCAUCUCCUCAUCAAUUGCUAAUUCCUGCCAUUCAUAUUAUUCCUUUUCCCUCCUAUUUUCCUUCUUUGUACUCUUUUCUUUUAGACUUAAAAAAAUAUUCUGUGGAGAUAAAGUUGUUGUCUGAAGGGGGUAUAGAUGAUGAUAAGCAGAAACAAAUACUGCAAUUAGCGGAAAAGAAGGUCCAUUUUGCUGCAGAGAAACUGCAAGCAAUUCUGCCUUUAUUGAAUUCAGAAGGUAUUGAAAUGUUAAUUCCAUAUUUGCAAGAAAUGUUUGACAAUCAACAUACCGCUUUGCUUGCUAUAUGGCAUUUAUUUGGUUUGGUUUCACAAGCUCUUGGUCCAGUUCAAACUUGUCAACAGCUUCUUCCUCUUCUAAUAAAAGUUUUUGAAACAGAAAUAACUUCACCAAAGCAUUUGAAACUGUAUCAUCGCACAUUUCUUUUACAACUGAUUGUUGGUUUGGGAUUGCAUAACUUCUUAACUCAUUUCACUGCAAUUCUUAUUGAAGCUAUUGGGGGUUGCAAAGACUAUUCUCCAAAAUCCCCUGAAGGUGAAUGUCCUUAUCUGCAAAGAACAUUUAACUCAGAAAUGAAAAAACUGAAUCAAGUUCCUGAGCACUUAGAUGAAUGUUUCUCUGAUAAACAAGAAGAAAACUCCUUCAGCCAGAUAAAUUCAUCUCAAGAAGCCUUGCAUUCUGAAAUAAACAAUGAUGAAGAUAAUGAAAUUUUUGAUCUUGACUUAAAUGAUGAAGUUUUAAAAGAAAGUGAAACUUAUAAUGCUGUUUCAACAUUCAAAGAUAAAAGAAGUGAUGAUGAAACUGAAUUACCUGCUGAUACUUCUUGCUACAUUCCUGAAGAAAUUGUAGUGGAAACUGAUGAUUCUUGUUCAACAGUAGAGCAGUGGAGUUCAUUGCAAGAUUCCUAUUCCCAAUCUGCUCCUAAUUUAAGUUCACAUAUUACAGAUUGGGAAAAUUUAAAAAAAGAUGAAGAAGAAAAUGAAUUGAAUAACUCUGAGAAAGAUGUACAAAUAAAAAUUCCUCCAACUUCCUACAUCACGAAAUAUUGUUGCUUAGAUGACACAGGAUUUAGUCAAAAUGUUUCAGACAUUUCAUCUGAAAGUCUCUUGUGGUUAGCUCAUAGAUUGGGUCCUGUCUUAACAGCAAGAUACCUUACACGGAAUCUGUUACGUAUGCUUACCUUGUGUUAUGACAGUGCAGAAAAAAGAGAAAUAGUGUAUAUUUCACCAGAAAAUAAAGAUAUCGACAUGUUAAGCAUCAGUUGUAAAUGGUUGAAAGGAGACGUUAAUGCUUUUAAAGUUUUAGACUUUUUGUCUCAAAUCGCAUCACUGUAUGGAGAACAAUUCAUAAUGCUGCAAUAUAUGAAACACAUUGCAGAUUUGGUAAGUAAUGUGAUAAAGCUCAAUUUAUGCAGAAAAAAAAUACCAGCACCACUUGAAUCUGGUUUGCAUGGAGCAAUGGCCCUUUUGCAACAUAUCAUUCCUUAUCUUUCUGAUAAAACUCUUAUGGAUAAUUUGCAGGAUGUUAUAAUCAAAGAUAUCUUACUUUUGGUGUUACGUCUUGUUUCUUCCUUGAGAUUGGUAUAUCCUAGUGGUGGAAAUUCUCGUUCUAUGAUUGUGUAUCGUAUGCUGGAUGUAAUAUAUACUAUAGGCUUAAGAAUUGGAUUUGAAAUGACUAGAAAGUUACUCUCUGGGGUUCUUCAGAAGUUUUUCUCUUGUUUUGAUAAAACUUAUUCUGAGAAUGGUGAAUGUAAAGAAUUGAAAGAUAUCAUUAGUUCAACACCUUCUGGCAGCAGUCCUGUAAAGGAGCAAGCUUUGGAAGAAAUGAAAGAAACUUUUACACCUGAAAUGGCUUUUUUGUCUUACAUUCCUUUCUGCAAACUGGCUGGAGGAAUACAUAUGGAAAAGACUUUAAAAAAUGAUGAUUUGAUAAGGAACUUAUGCAUGCAACAUGAUAAAAACACUGCUCUAGCUACUUCCAAAUUAGCUUUAGAUGGAACAGCAAAUAACUCAACAUCAUCUGCAAUGACCCAUCAUAGAGAACAUUCUUUAGGUCAAGAUGAAUCUUUUGUCAGUGGAGUUUUUGGAAAAAAUGUAAAUGUUGUUGGUAAUAGGUUGGAUGUACAAUUGGGAGAAGAAAGUCAUCUUGUAAUGGCUGCAGGUGAUCCAGUUCCAUCUUUAAAUACUGGCAGCACAUUUAAAGCUCCUGAAGUGCCCAAAUAUGAUAUAAGCUUAAUAAAAAGGAAAAUGGACAACUGUCAAAGGCAUUUAAAAGGAAAUUGGCUUGCUUACUGGGAACAUGAAACAGGAAGAAGUGAAAAGGAUUGUCAUUUUAAUUUCAAACAGAUCAAACUACAGACUUUUAUAGGUCAUUGUGGAACUGUAAGAACCAUUCAAGUUUUAGACAAUGAGAACUCAUUUUUAACCAGUAGCAAGGACAAGACUGUAAAACUAUGGUCUUUGAGAAGCUGUGGUGAUGGUUCAGCCCAGAUACCAUGCCAGUGGACUUAUAAUCAGCAUAGAAAAUCUGUAUUUGCUGUUUCAUUUCUGGAUUCAUUGCGUUUAGUUGGCUCUUGUGACAGCACUGUUCAUAUAUGGGAUCCAUUUUUAGGCUCCUGCAUAAAGCAGUUAGAACCAACUAAAGGUAGUCCUAUAACUGUUUUAACUGCUAUGCCUGCUCCAAGUAUGACAUUCCUUGCUGCAACAACAAAUUCUACAGUAAAAUUUCUAGAUGCUCGGACAUGUCGAUAUAUGCAUGAAUUCAAGGUUAGUGUAGGAACUACUGGAUUGAUUCGUUGCUUAGCUGUUAGUCCAAAUGGCAAUUGGUUAGCUGUUGGACAUUCUACUGGCAUGAUUUCUGUUCUUGAUGUCAGAACUGGUCUUCUUUUUGGUACAUGGAUUGGUCAUGAAGGAGAAAUUUUGCAACUUAAAGCUUUUAAUAAUCGAUACUUUCUUGCAUCAUCUCUUGAUCAUUCUUUAACUGUUUGGAAAUUUGAAGAUACUCAGGCAAAGUGUAACCUCAAAGGGCCAAUGGAACCUGUGACAAGCUUAUGUUUUUAUGGAAAUGAGGUAAUUUCUGGAACAACUGGGAAUCGAAUUGGUUUGCAUACAUCUGUUGACAAAAAGGCUUCAUAUACCAGUACAAGAUUACGUUCAGAUACAUUUAAAGGUGUGCUCACUACAAUGGCGCUCUUACCUUUAAACAGACUGCUACUUUUGGGAACUGACAAUGGAAGUGUUGUUUUGCUGUCUUAGAAUUGACUUUAAUCAGCAUUAAAGAAGUUGGUAUCGAAAUCCAUUAUGUAAUUUAUUAAGAGCUCAUCCAGUUGCUGUGAUAAUGUAUGUAGUUCACAAAUGAAACUUGUUGUUAAAUUCAAAAUUUAUUUUUAAUGAUGAUAGCAGUUUUUAUAUGCAGCUAAUGUAGUUGCUUUGAAAAAUAAUAAAAGUGAAAUCUGCAAUCAGAGACCUUCAUUUGAGUCAUAAUGUGCUUGAAAGUUUAGUGUUAAGCACAGCUGUCUGUAUGAAAUAAUAGUGCUAUUGUUUUUUAAUACAAUGUAAUUUUAUUGUCCUAACUCAUUCAGUAUGAGUGGUAUUUUGAGAGCUUAUAUAUGUUUUACUAUAUAAUUUUUAAAUGUGUUUAUAGAACUCUUUUGUUACAUUUAUGUCAUACGUAUUUAUUAUAUUGUAAUUCUGCCUAAUAGUAUAGUCUCUUGUGUAUUUUAUUCAGGUUAGUUUAUGUAUUUCAGAUUUUUUUUUUUUUUGCU